UCAGCGAAUCUCGAAGAAAGAGAUUGAAACUAAACUGUUGAAAUUUUCCGACAAUAAACUUAUCUCUUUUCCUCAUUCAAUCCUAGAGACCAAAAAGCUUAAAAGCAAAAAAGAACACAAGGAAAUUUACUCAGAGGUAAUCGUCGUCGGAGCCAGGAGGAAGAGGAGGGAUGGGAGAGGUCUGGACAUGGAUUAUUUCAUUCUUAAUCCUUAUCACUCUUCUCGGACUCAUCGUCUAUCAGGUUCUUUGCUUUAAGAUUCAAUGGUUAACUCAAUCAAAGGAGUCUUCAUCUCAUGGUACAUUACAUAACCUUUCUUGUUAAUAUACUCUGUCGAGAAAUCGUAUCUUUUAUCUUUGUUUUUUUUGUUCUUAUAGUGAUGUUCCCAUGGCACAGUUCAUUGCACAUUUGAACAAUUCGUUGCCUGCUUCACAGAAGUUCAUAAUUCAAGUACUGAAACUGGACACUACUAGUAUGUUUGUGAAGCCAUAUGCUGAGGAGAUGAUCCGUGAUGCCGUCAUCAAGUUCAGGGACGAAAACUCUUACGCAAAGGCGAAUUGAUCGUUUUUUUUCUUCUUCUCGGUUUCGGUUACUAGAUGUCGAUUUUGGAUCUUAAUGUAGUGUGGAGAUCAACAAGGAUUUGUGGGAAAUCUCUGAUGGAAAAUAUACAUGUUUGUUAAUUAUUAAUGUACAACGAAUCUGAAAAACCGAAUUGGUUUAUUUUGACAACGCAACAAAACUUUGCAAAUGAUAUAAUUUGAAAACGCGAACUGGUCGCAGCUGGGAAGACUUUUGGACAUCACGGGUACUCGUUUUUUGUUGUUGUUAUGGCUUUGUUGACUAAGGUUACUUGGAACAACAUCGGAAUGCAUCAGCCACAAACGAAUUGGUACAAGGGCGUAUGGUUCCCCUACUCAACGCCCAAGUACUCUUUUCUUUUGUGGCUCACAAUCCAAAACAGACUAUCCACAGGGGAUCACAUCAAAGCAUGGAACUCUGGGCAACAAGUCACCUGCACACUCUGCGGCAAUGCUGAAGAAACACGGAAUCUCCUAUUCUUCUCAUGCCAUUACACCUCCGAAGUUUGGAGAACCCUUACGCAGCGGCUCCUGUCCAA